CCAAAGCAACGCUUUUAUUUUUCUUUCACUCUUUUGGUCGCUUUUUAAAAAAAUUGAGAAAACCCUACCCAAGAGAAAUUCCAUAUUCAAGAGCAUAGCCUUGUUUCCGGGAUUUUGGGCUAAGAGCUAGUUGUCUCUAGGUCUUCUUACCAUUUUUGCUCUUUCUCUUUAACUUUAAAUUUGCUCCUCUGCCUUUUACCCUUCUUCAUCAAUCACUUUCUUUCUUUCUUCUUCUUUUAUUUUCUGUUUGUUUCUGAGGAAAAGGAAGAAAAUAUGACCGGGGUUCCAGAAACUGAGAGCGUCUCUCUUGAUCUUCUCAGGGAGAAAAUGGCUGAGUUUGCCAAAGAAAGGGACUGGGACCGGUUCCAUAGUCCAAGAAACCUCCUCUUGGCUCUGGUAGGUGAAGUGGGAGAGCUCUCGGAGAUAUUCCAAUGGAAAGGUGAAGUUCCAAAGGGACUACCAGACUGGAAAGAAGAAGAAAAGGUGCACCUGGGAGAAGAGCUUUCAGAUGUUCUGCUUUACCUUGUCAGGCUAUCUGAUAUCUGUGGCAUUGAUCUUGGCAAAGCUGCCCUGCGUAAGGUUGAUCUUAAUGCCAUCAAAUACCCUGUUACCAAACAUCAAUGCCAAACCACCACUACCACCACAAAUAAUAAUGAUGGCAAACAGAGUUCUUAAUUGAAUUUCUCUAUUUAGCUUUGGAACACCCACCACCAGUGUUUUAAAACUUAAAUUUUGCUGAGCUGUGAAAGGGCUUGUUUGGGUGUUGCAUGGGUAUUUUAUUUUGGAUGUAUUAAAUUAUUAAUUAGGUCUUGAAAGUGUUAAUAUCUAGUGGCUAGGGGCUUGAGGUAGAGCUUUUUAGGAUGGGGAUUUUCAUUUGCCUGAGUGAGGCAGGUGGCGUUUUGGUGUAUUAUGUAUGGAAUUUAUUCAGGGAUAUUGUUACUGUUUCUUUCGAGUGAAUCGAAUCCCUCUGACACAUUUCUGA